UAGCCGCCCAUGGAGUGCAAUCUGCGUCGCGGUUCUACUGCCGGGUGCAGCCGGUGCCACCUAUGUAGACAAUAGGGGAGCGAAGCAAACACGCAGUCUCACACACACAAAUACUCAAGACUUAAGAUUUGGGCAGAGUAUCCGGGAGCGGAGAAAGAACAGGACUUUCGCGGACAGCGCCUAUUUCGACAGGUUUUGCAACUGUACCGCCAACCAAAGAGACAAAGCAGUGAUGGAACAGUCCCUUUGAAUAACUAAACAGUGCACAAAGGCUGUGUGGAAUGGAUCAGCGUCUCAGCAUCCUACUGUACAUCUCUGUCAUAUAUUGGAAGGAAGUUAUUCCAUAAAGGACUAAGAGGUCAGUUUCAUGUUAUGUUUAAGAUCAGCCACCAAUGACUUCUUUGUUCACCAACUCGUUUGGAACUUGGUCCAUCAAUUCAGCUUAGAAUGACAACAGCAAGAUAUAGGCCUACCUGGGACCUGGCACUGGAUCCCCUCGUGUCUUGUAAAUUGUGCCUUGGGGAAUAUCCAUUGGAGCAAAUGACAACAUUAUCACAAUGUCAAUGCAUAUUCUGUACCCUGUGUCUGAAACAAUAUGUGGAACUUUUAAUUAAAGAGGGCCUGGAAUCCUCAAUUAGCUGUCCCGAUGCUGCCUGCCCAAAGAGAGGUCACCUACAGGAAAAUGAGAUUGAAUGUGUUGUUGCAGCAGAACUUAUGCAGAGAUAUAAAAGAUUGCAGUUUGAAAAAGAAGUGCUUUUGGAUCCAUGCCGAACCUGGUGCCCAUCCUCCACUUGCCAGUCUGUCUGCCAACUGAAGGAGGAAUUACAGAAGCCCCAGCUGGUACAGUGUGCAGCCUGUAACUUGGAGUUUUGCUCCCUUUGCAAAGCGAACUGGCACCCAGGGCAGGCUUGCCAAGAAAACCUGCCUGUUAGCUCAUUUCUUCCUGGUGAAUCAAGCUCAUUCUUUGAAAAUGAUGAGGAGGACGAUGUUCCAAUCAAACGUUGUCCAAAGUGCAAAGUCUACAUUGAAAGAGAUGAAGGAUGUGCACAGAUGAUGUGUAAAAACUGCAAGCAUGCCUUUUGCUGGUACUGCCUGGAAUCGCUUGAUGAUGACUUUCUAUUAAUUCAUUACGACAAAGGACCUUGCCGCAACAAACUUGGUCACACUCGCGCCUCUGUCAUUUGGCACAGAACCCAGGUAGUUGGAAUAUUUGCUGGCUUUGGCCUUUUGCUGUUAGUAGCAUCACCUUUCCUCCUGCUGGCCACACCAUUUGUCCUCUGCUGCAAGUGCAAAUGUAACAAAGGGGAUGAUGAUCCUUUACCUACAUAGACCUGAUGCUCAGAAACAGGGCAAAGAUAUUUAAUGAACGUUUUUUCUGUUUUAACUGCAGUUUUAAACUGUCUUAUUUUAGCCCAUCAUAUAUCCCAGUGCCAGAAUUUGCUUUCCUGAUUUCCACCAUUUAAAUCACACUCCAGAGUCUGAGAGUGCAGUGAAUCAAAACACAAAAGUUUGGAAGAGAUGAAAUCCGGUUUCCCAGACAACAAUUUAUUCAUAGUAAAUGAACAGAAAUAUAGUACUCUGCACGAAGGCUCUGGAAUAUAUUUGGUAAGCUUAGAAAAGUUCUCAUUUAAAUGGUUUCAAAAAAGCAAUAUCCAUAACAAUGUGCUGCUGUUCACUUAAAUACAAAGCAUAUAAGGUUACAUGAAGAAAGAAAAUGUGCAAUGUUGUAUUAAACAGAAAAUGCACAACAGAUGCUUCAGAUUUUGUAAAGACAAAAGACACACUAAUAUUUUAGACCAUCCUGUCAGAAUAGAUGGUUGUAACAGGUCAUGUUAUAAUAGGUUAUCUAUUUAUCAAAAUAAGUUCAUUCUUUUAUUGCAAAAAGUACGCAUAUUGCUGACUGUAAAAGACCACUAGUCAAUUUUACUAAAGAAAACCCUUCAUAAGACAUUUUGUUGAUUUCAUGAGGCAUUUAAAUAUUUCAUACUUAUUAGGUCAUUUACAGAUGCCUUUUAUCUGAAUCCGUUUCUAGUAUCUCCAUCUUUUCAUGUUUUUAUUUUUAAGUUUCUAAAUGUGUAAAGGCGCACCGACUCUUAACAGUUACCUGCAAUAAAAGGCUGAAGUUUCCUGGUACAAUAGAGAUAUGUUUCAUGGCAAACGUCAUGGAAAAUGGGGGGAAGAACAUGUCAGAUCAUCUUCCCAAGGCCUUCCUGCCAUUGGAGGGAUUUUGCAGGAGGGAGAUGGGAAUAAGAUGGGUAGCUCAGUCAUUGGGGCAGGCAGCCAAUUAAGGCCAUAAUUUGAAGCCAUUUUCUCAAGAUGUGUGUAGGAUUUAGCAUCUCUGCUGCCAACAUGAUAUGUAUCAUAACGUACAGUCUCAGUUGAUAUUGUAGAUGUCGGAGAUGUACUUUCAGCAUAAAGGGUAGCAUCUGUAACUUUUGUUACAUUUGCUCUCACUCCAAAUCAUUGCCUUAAUGGUUUCAUCCAAUGAUUUUCAGCCUGCCUCUUUCCUGAUCCAGUUCUUGUAAUUUUCCAAUUUGUCUGUGGGCACGAGAUGGAGGAGUGACCGGUAGGUGGGAGAAGAAAAUAAAGGGAAGGGGAGUGACAAGGACAAGAUUCCCAAUGGCUCACCAUCAGUUUUGAACGAACCAAAUCUUCUGACAUAGAAGAAUUGACAAUAAGUAUGUUACAAAAUAAAAAUCAAAUUGAAGAGCAAAAUCAAACCACUGAGCUCGGUGUUAUUAUCAACCAAUUAUUCGCUGUCAACUUCUCUCUAUCCUAACAUCACAUUGUGAUGUGUAUAUGUUGUCUGUCUCUACAUUGCAAGCCAUUUUAUUAUAAUGGCCAAAACUAAUCUCUGUAAUGAUUUGUGUAGAGCUAUCAAUUACAAUCACCAGCAAGAAAGAAGUCAAAGCCCUUUGUUUUUAUUAGGUACCUGAAGUGCAGUGGGCUACUGGAACAUGUGUAUGUGCCUUUUUUCUCGAUCCAGUUAAAUCUUAGUUUUAUUUGUUAUCAAGCAGUUAAUUUGUGUGGAAAUGUCAAUUAAGCACAGCACCAGGUAACGAUGAGCUGCAUAUAUGAUGGAGGAGGUGAGGGAGAGUAGCAAAAUAGAGUUGAAAUAUGAAAUGGAAUGAAUAUUCAAAAGUCUUCAAGGACAUCUGGCUUUAAAGCUUGUCUUCACCUCCUGUCAAAACAAUUCUGCGAAAGAAUUUCUUAUUUAGUAAUGUUCAACUUAUCAUCCAGAAGUGUGCACAAAGCAAGAUAACAUUGUGAAGACCAUUUGUUACUUUUUCAUUUGCCUGCGCCUUAUUUUUUUUGGGGAGGUUCAGUAUCACUGACUUCUCCAGCAGGUGAGCCUUGACUCCAUAUGUCACAAAGAUUGCCUUCACUUGAUCAGAGAGUCCGAUCAAUUUAUUACAUUCCCAGGGAUUGAAUGGAUUUUCACUUUGUUCCAGUUUAUUUAUCCCAUGAUGCAGCAAUGCUACACUGGACCAUGACUUGGCCUUUGAUGCCAAAUGGUAAAAGACUGUUAAGAAUUAUAGUGACAUAAAGUACAUAUUUCAGUCGUUACUUUUGCAAGCAGAAUACAGGUAAUGAUCAAGCCUGUUGUGUUAUAUUACGUAUUUGUAUUCUUAUAUCUUUUUCUGACUCUGCCCUCUACAGAAACUACCUAGAGUGAUUAAUUCUAUAAAGGGGCCAAAUAUUACAUGUCACCGCCAAGUGUGAAAUAAAGAGGGUGCUGCCCCGCUGCACCCCAGCCUUGCACUUUUCCAUCAGGCUGUGAGCUCACCCUCAUACUGUGGAGGGGUGGGCACGUGACAAAAUCAGCAAACCAGCCCCUGUAAGUAAAUAAAUGAGAGUUAAGUUCAUUUGACCCCAAUAUUACCGUGAUUACCCUGCCCAAAUGGUCAUGGGGCUAGUUGGCAGGAAGGUGGGAGCGAGUAAUCCAUUUUUCUUUCAAGAAGUUUGUCAAAUGCCAAGAAGGAAGGAUGUAUAUAUCAAGGGCACCACACUCCUUCCCCAACCACCACAGAAGAUAGUGCCACUUCUUUCCUCCCACAUGGACUUUAAUAUCCAAUCUUCCAAGGUGGCCAAACUCUCCCCACUGAAUCCCCCGAAUUUACCUGGGUAGGGGUUACAUUGCACUGCCUUGUUGGGACAGGUUGCAGUCUUGGCAGCUUCUGCCGCUAUCAGAGCUGCCACUCCGAUUGAGAGGGUGGGAGUUUCUCUUCCCGAGGAACAGUUCUGCAGUAAUUUAGCCCACCCACAGUGUGAUGUGGCUGUGAGGUUCGCUUGUUAUCUGCUUCUCAGUUGGCUGCCCAGGGUGGACCAUCUACUUCCACUGUAAAUCCUUUACCAAGACUUGGUGUAAACCUCCUAAUUUAAACCAACCAAGUUAAGAAAGACCGUUUUUAAAUUUGCGAAUUAAAUCUAACAAGGUUGAACCAGUCUUGAAGGUGUUUGUAUUUGUAUAGAGGGAUCUUAUUUCCUUCCACAGAUUCCUGACAAACAUUGUAAAAUCUUUAAAAAAGACAAUGCCUAAUUUUUAAUCCCUCUCUCUCUGUGUACCAAGGUAGAAUUGCAGAAAUCAAUAUCUUGCAAAUCAGAUUUUUUAAAAUAGUUUGUUUGGCCUGAAAGUACUAAUGGCACUAUAACCCCCAUUGUUACUCAAUAUUCUUUAUGAACCAUCUUUACACAAUAAGUGUGAUUACCAUUGCACAACAUGAUUAAAUAUUGCAAUAAUAAGUUGCAACACUUAAUUGGAGAAGCAAAAAGGUAAUUUACUAAAGGAACAGCAUUGUGUAAAGCUAAAGAUCACAAAAGUUAGGGAGAAAUUCAGCUUGUGCCAGUUCCUAACAUGGAAUGGGUGGUGUUAUCCAAACGCAUGCCUCCAUUUUUAAGAAAUUGGAAAGCAAUGGAAACCUGAUGGAGACCUUUAGUCUAGCCGUGGUUAGAUCAUUGACGAUGUGGAACAGCUAUAUGAACCAUGCAUGGGGCCUUUAACCCAUGAAUUUGAUUACCAUACUUUCGAUGGGGUCCAAUGUUGAGAACUCAAUUUCCAUAAUCAGAGCCACAAUUACUGUUCAGGUGAAUGCAGUGCACAACAGAGUAUUCCACAGGACUCACCAGUGUCCCAUACAACCUCAACAUGGCGUCCCAGCUCCUACACUUGAAGGUUCAAGCGAUGAAGGAAAGCGUGCUAAGCACCUUCUUAAACACCCUGUCUACCUGUGACAAAACUUUCAAAGAAUUAUGUACCGCCAGGUGUCUCUGUUCUACAACACUAUCCAGGGCCCUACCAUUAAUUGUGUAAGUCCUGUCCUUGUUUGUAUUACUGAAAUGCCGUACCUCACAUUUGUCCAAAUUAAAUUCCAGUUGCCCUGUUAUAGGAAGGCUAUUAUUAAACUGGAGAGGAUUCAAGAAAGAUGGAUGUUGCUGGGAAUGGAGAGUUUGAGAUACAAAAAUAGACUGGAUAGGCUGGGAUCUUUUUCACUGAAGCAUAGGAAGUUGAGGGGUGACCUCAUUAGGUUCAUAACAUCAUGAGGGCAUAGGUAAGGUGAAUGAUAAAGGGUCUUUUCUCUAGUGUGGAGUUCAAAACUGGGGAGCGUAUUUUUAAGGCGGGAGGUCAAGGAUUUAAAAAGCUGCAACCUUAUUACACAGGGAGUGGUUCGUGUGUGGAAUGAACUGCCAGAGCAAGUGGUAGAUGCAGGAACAGUUACAAUGUUUAAAAGACAUUUGGAUAAGUUGAUGAAUAGGAAAGGUUUGGAGGGAAAUGGGCCAAGCGUAGGCAGAUGGGACUAGUUUAUGUUGGGAACAUGAUUGGAGUGGACUGGUUUGACCAAAGGGUCUGUUUUCAUGAUGUAUGUCUCUAUAACUGGAAAGCACUGGGUUCCAGUUUGGCAACUGCCACACUUCCCAUAAAGUUCACAACUGAAGAUCCGUCCUUCCUGGUUUUAUGCCCAAAUAAGAGACAAGACUUGUUCAAUUUCACCCUUUAGAGUUAUCAACUCACCCCCCCAUCCUAAAAAAUGCACCCUCCCAAUCCCGCUGAAUUUUAUAAUUGCAUGCCCAUAAAGCUUUGGAGCCGCAUAAAAUUUCAAUUCAGAUUCCCAUAAAUUUGUAUCAAUUGGAAGUUGCUGAAACUUAACAAAUCUUAGCUAGGUCAUCUGCCAGGAAGGAAACCUACUAAGCACAGCACUUUACUAAAUGUCAGAUCAUAAAACUCAAAACACAAAAAAAAAUUGGAGAGAAAGUGUGUACAAAUGGCUGCUAGGAAAAACUAUCCUUUUUUUUGCAAACAAAAAAAAAUUCAGAAAGCCAACUUUAAGUAAAUGUCUUCAGAUUGAUACAGUUGGAAAUCACAGUGAAAUGUUUGAAUUACUGCCUGUCAAAAUAUUGUCAGUCUGAAAAUCCGCAAUUGUAAGGGUGGGCAUGAAGAAAGUGGGCUUCAGAAAUUUCCCAGACCUCACUUUUCCAUUCUGUCAUCACUUCAAAAUCAGUGUGAUGGUCUUGAUUCGUCGCCAUUCUGCAUUGGAGAAAAUAAUCCCCUUUAUCUGUUACAUGAAUGAAGAAAAUAUUACUCUAGAGUUGCUGUUCUGUGCCACAUAAACUGGAUGAUUCAUUCCAUCUACCCUGAUAUGUUUCCCUGACUACUAUAAUUUUUAAAGCCUUUAGAAUUUGAGAGAAUUCUCACCCAAAACAGGAACCUAUUGGAAAUUCUUCUAAUCAGCCUGUUCAGUGAUGUUAUUAUAUACCUCUGGAGCAGGUGGGACUCCAGGCUCAGAGAUAGGGACCACUGUAGCUACCACUGUGCCAUGGGAACCCUAGGAACCUAUUGGAGGAUCUUGAGCAGGAUCUCAAAAACCUGUGUGCAUUUACUCUUGAAAAGCCCUAUCUUGAAAGGGACACAUGAUCUCGGAAAUUGUGUCCCUCUUUCUGACAUACAAUUUGCAGAACAGAAGCAGGCCAUUUAGUUCAACUGGUCUACUUCAUCUAAGCUUAUCAGCAAUACUAUGUGUCCCUUUCUCUCUUUCCAAGUACUUAAUUAUGCCAUCACCUCAAAAAUAAGUUCCUGGCAUCAUUGAUAUUCUUUUGGUCCUUAUGCUAAAUGUAUUUUCUGUACACAUAGGUAAUAAACAAUAUUGUUUUGUCAUGGAAAUUUUUUUUUGUUUACAAUCUAAUAUAAAUAUUGCUUUAGGUAAAAUAUCUCUAAAUACGAAGGUUGUCUGUGACAAAUCACAUCACUUAGCCUCAGUGCUUUUUUAAAACAUUGACGUAACUUAACGUUGUUGAAACUGCCCAUUAUUCAUUUCUUUAAGUUCUGUAUAAUCAGCGUAGCAGAAUAGUAAUGCUCGUUUUGAGAAUAUUUAAUGGUUUCUUUGUGGCCUGUCGUUUAGUACUGAGAUGUUGCAAAACAAUGUUUAUUUUUUGUGUGUGUCUUACUGUCUUUUUAUAUUAACGAUAAGGAAUGUAUAAACAAUUUCAGCUUCUUUUUCCUCCUUUCCGAAAUAUUUCCACGUGACUUAAUCACGGUCUCUCUUUCUGAUUUUGUAAUCUAAGUAUGUAAUCUAUGAGGGUCAGUUCUUAAUGCCUUAAAAUGUUUCUGUGAACACCGUUAAUGUUAGCACAGUCUGUAGAUAAAACCUAGAAUGCUAAUGCAGAGUAUUUGCCUAAUCUCAUACGUUUGAAGAUCUUGUGAUCUCCAUUCUAUGUAUUGCUAAGCAUGGAAGAAACUUGUAUGUAAAUAACUGAAUGUAUUCCUGCAUUUAAAAAAUAUAUAAUUGGUAUCUCAUUUUCUAAAAUAAAAGAAUGCAAGUACUCAUUA